AUGAGCUUCGUCAAGGAUCUGGCGAAGCGCUUUCAGCCCGAGGGGCUGGAGAGCCUCCCAAAGGCCGAUCUGGGCCUCCUAGGCGCGGGCGUGGUGGUGUUUGGUGUGCAGCGGCUGGUGCCGACGUAUGACAACACUUACUACAAGGAGGUCCUGAAGAAGCCCAACUGGACGCCUCCCAACUGGGUGUUCCCCGCGGUAUGGAUCCCGCUUAAGCUGCUGCAGUCGGUGUCUCUGUGGCUGGUCAUCAAGAAGGCGCCCUCAAACCAGGCGCUCACGCUCCCCCUGCUGCUCUUCGGAACACACUUGGCCCUGGGCAACUACUGGAACUGGGUGUUCUUCGGCCAGCGGCAGCUCAAGCCCAGCCUCAAGGUCAUGGGCGCGUUCUGGCUGAGCAUCGCGGGGAGUAUCGCGGCUUUCAACCCCAUCUCGCCCCUGGCCAGCCUGCUGUUUGCCCCAACCCAGGUGUGGGUGACCAUCGCGGCCAAGCUCAACUACGACAUUGUGAAGCUCAACGAGAACAAGGUGGCGUGA